GAAAGAAGACAAGACAGAUCUACUGAUGAAAAUAUGACGAUUGAUACCGAGCCCUUAUUGCGAGGUGAUCAAAACGGUGACAGCACCUCCACCGAUAAAAGAGAGGAGGAAAAUAACAUGAAGCCUGUAAAGGAAAUGGUUAAAGAAAUUGAAACUGAUGAAGACAAAAGGAGAAAAUAUGGACACAAUUUUAAAACAACUUUUAAUGCAAGCGACAGCACAACCGAUACCAGUAAGAAGGAUGAAAACUUACGUAGGGUAAAUAAAGAAGAAAGGGAACCGACGUCAUUUGGACGAAAAAAUUCCCCGAAAGACGAUCGGAAAAGUGAAUGCAAUGUUAAAGAUCCGAGUGAUAACAUGGAAGAUUUAAAUAAAAAGAAUGCAGACCUAAAUGUGGAAUCUUUAGAAGAAGGGAAAGUGAUCCUCGAUGGAGGAACCGAUUCCCCGGAUGAUGAUGAUGAUGAUGAUGAUGAUGAUGAUCGAAAAUUAGAAUACAGUGAUAAAGAUGAGCUAGAGGAAGAUCGAUUGCAUGAAAAUGAUUCAAAAGUGAUGGAAAUGCAAUGUAUGCCAUCAAACGAAACCAGUGCUGGUAAAAAUGAAAGGGGUAGUGAAAGUAAAUCCGAAUCGCAAAAAGAACCGGAGAUUGGUGAGGAAAAGAAUGGAGAGGAAGUCAUUGAUUCAAAUACCGAUUUCAAAUCGUCUUCUCCUACAAGCAAUGAGAGUAAAAAUUCAACAGAAAAAGAACAACAUUUAGAUAAAAAAGAGACACAAAACUCAUUCAAAUCAAAAAUAGAUUUGUUCGAAAAUAUUUCUCAAAAUCAAUAAUCAUCAUAAUCUUUAGAUGUCUCGCGGAGCUAAACUGUCGCCUUUUUAUAAACUUCUAAACAGGGGUGGGUCAAGUAUAAGGGAGAGAAGUUAAUGGUGAAUUCGCGUAUAUAACGAUGUCGUCUGCAAACGUUAAAACAAACGGGUUUAGCUCUUUUAGUUCGACGGGCUGACAAUUAUUACUGAUGAAAUGUUUUCUAUAUCGUAUAUAUAUAUGUUAAAGAGAAUUGGUGACAAAACUUCAACCUGUAGUAGCCCAGUGUUGAGUUUAAAUUCUUUGGAUAUUUCACCGGCACUUCUAAGGAGGGUCUGUGGCAACGCGCUUUGAAAAAUUACGCACUUUGAAAAAAAAAUGUCAAAGUGCGUUAUAUUUGGGACCAAGUUAACCCACUUUGAAAAAAUAUGUAUAAAUCACAAAUUCUCAAAUAGAAUUUUUAAUUUGCUGAAAGUAUGAUGAAUUGUUGUCACUAUUGAAUCUAAUUUAGGGUAUUUGAGAACGGGAAUUGGGAUAGGGAGUUAACCAAAGAUACAUGCCAAUUACCUGUACAUCAUUUAAUUAAUUAGAGGAAGAAGGUCCCCUAUCCCUCAUGUUUCCUUCCAAAAUAUAUGAUUUUUAGCAACAUUGAAGAUUGGAAAAAGAAAUAUGCAAUGAUAUUGAAAACAACGAGCUGGGAAAACAAUAUUUUUCCAUUGAUGUGUUAAAGAAUCUAUAUAAGUGUUUCAACAAUAACCUCUUUUCAUAUCGAAUCAUAUAGGUCACUUCAAUAUAAAACAAAAUAACAAUAACAAACAUUAAUGUAUUAUAAACAUAAAAAUAAGCAUUAAGAUCCGGGGUUUUUUCUCUCACUGAUCUUUUAAAAUAUCAUAUUGUUUUUGGUAAACAUAACUAACGUACUCUUUUUCACAUCAUGUUUGUUUACAAACACAUGGAAUAAGCCAAGUGCAUUGACUUGGUUCCAAAAUUAACGCGUAAUUUUUCAAAGUGCAUUGUAACAAGGCUCUCACGUCGACAUAAAGUGGUCUAAAGAUUCGGAGGAAUUUUCCAGUGAUGCCGGACUUUACUAAUUUGUAAUUUCUCUCUGUUAAUCGCUUUUUUGUAAUCUGUAAAACAACAAUAAGUUAAGUUUGAAAACAAACUGUGCGUCCGUGAUGAUAUCCUCAUUAUCCUUGUUCAUAUGUACAUCAUUGUGCAAUUGAAAGUAAUUGUAAAAUUAGUUUGAAUUACACACUUAUAUUUGAAAACGAUUGUUUUAACUACACUUACAAGUAAUUUUAAAAAAAAAGCCAAUUACACAUUACUUUCAAUUAUAUUCAAAUUUGUAAUCUAUUACGUUCAAUUACUAUUACAAAUUAUCCAUACCCGAUCCCUGCUUCUAAAUGCCACAAUCAAAAGUAAAUGCGUAAUAUUUUGAAUGUUGUUCAUCGAUAUGACACAUUAAGGUACAUGUAAUAUUUCAUAUUGCUUUUCUUUUGUCUUUUAAACCGUCUAUCAAAUUUCGUCCAUACUCUAAUUUUUUGUGUUUUUAACAUUCGAAAAGAAGAAUCGAUAUUUAUAAAUGAGUACAGUCAUAACAUUUCGGUAUAACUAUUAUUCAUGCAUCUAAUUUUCAUGUAAAUGAUAAUGUAUUAAUUUGCAUUCAUAUAACAGGCAAAUUCAAAGUUGCCUUUCUAAUUAAUAGCUUUUUAAUCAAUGUAUUAGAUACAUGUUGUUAUGAAAUAUAAGCUGUAUUAUUGCUAGCGCUCUCGAGCGCUAGCAACUACGUUAGUCCUUUUCACUGGAAUACGCAUGCUCGACUCCAUAGCAGGGGAUUCUGGGAAUACUGUACUACUGUAGAUAAACUGUACCAUUUGAAUUUCGUUUUAUCAUCAUGUAAAGUUUUGUGUUUUAUCGUUAAUGUCAAAAAGUUACAGUAGCUUUGGUCUUAUAAUGCAAAGUUAUUUUCAAUAUUAUAAUAAAUAACAUGUGGCUAGCUUUAUCAUAAAUUCAUUGAAGCUCGGAAGACAACUUCGGAUAUGUUUUCCAAGCUUGCCGGAAAGGCCCGAGAAGAUACGAUUGCUACAAAACCAAUGGUUCCUGAAAAAUUUCACCUCGAAAUUGAAAUUACAGUAGAUACAUAAUGAUUAAGUCACAGCUAAUGAGCUAUGCCAUUGCCGAUGUGUAGCCCACUCUAGAUUCACAAUUUUAAAUUGAGACCCCAUUCCAGUACACCACUGUGCCUUCCUAUUGUUAAUUAAUCGAUUCAGAAAUUUAUACCAAAGUUUUAGAAAUCUGCUUCUGUGUUUUAUGAUUGCUACAGCGCUAGCUCACCAAUCUUUUUAAAAGAUAAGCUUGUUUAUAACUUUAUUUUGUAACCAAAUGUGAUUUUUGGACGAUUCUGCUUGUACAUGUAACUACAAUCUUUAUGAUAUUUUGAAUCAAAUAAUUAAUGUUUCAUAACUUCAUGAGAUAAUGUGACUUGCAAAAGAACUAUAAUCUGAUCGAUCAAGAGUCGAAAUUGAGUUUGAUUUGAUGAAAUUUAGCAGUUUGAUGUCUGUUUUAAGCGGUUAGCGUAGACGCCAAACGCUUUAUGUCAUGUAAACAAAACCCCGAAGCUUGUUUAUGAUAAAUCAAAGUAUUGAGAUUACUAAACGCUGGAUUAGUUUGAUAUGCCUCUUUUUGAACAAGACUUACAAACUAUCUUUAUUUUAAACUAAUAUAUAUAGCGAUUGUAGUGUUUAAUUAAGACAGAGACGACAUAUUUAAUGGCAACAAUUAAAUCAUUUACUGGAUCAGUACUUUGAAAGAAAAAACAUUUCGACAAACGAAAUAUUUUAGUACAUUGUGCAUCAAAAUGAAAUCGUCCUCUGUUUUUUUAUGCAUUAAAAAUUAGGUUCAAAAUAUAGGUGAUUUUGUUAUGAAAUAUGCAUACCUGAUGAUACUACAAUUUUGUAGUAUAAACCCAGAUUGUAACUUUUUAAGCAUCGGCUAACAGAUAGCUUGUCCAUUAUGGCUCAACAUUCAUUAUGAAAAUCUAUGAUCAAGUUUUCCAGAGAAAUUUAGCUGUGGUGAAACACAUUCUAAAUAACAAAAGUAUAGACACAUUUCAGCAGACGGCUUAAAACUACAAUGGACUGCAAGUCUUACCUUAAUUUUUCCAAGUUCUUUUUUUUAACUACACCCCCCCCCCUCCUUGACCGAUUCAAACUACAAUGGAAUGCAAGUCUUACCUUAAUUACACCCCCCCCCCGACCUAGGGCAAUUUAUAGUAAUGAUGCAUGUUUACCUUUUUAUUCAUGUUUAGACAACUUAAUUCUCCAACGUAACAUGGUUUAUUUGACAAGAAAAAUCUAAAUAUGUAAUGGCAUUGUUUUCUACUUUAUGUAAUAGUACACCAUGUCCAACCCCAUUCCCCACCCCCCACCCCCCCCCCCCCUAUGAAAUUUCCACUGAAUUUCUUUGCAACUAAAUUCCAUUAAACAGAUAAAAGAUGAGGGAAGAAUCCAAAAGCUGAUAAAAUAUUACAUCAAUUGAUUUAUUUCUUGGGCAGUUAUAUUGGUUUUAAAAUUUUGGUAAAGGACUAUAUAUGAUAAGGGCCUAAAAUGGCCCCCUAAAAUGAACAUCAUCAAUUUACUAUCAUUCUUUGUUUUCUUAGUACAGAUAUGUAUGUGAUGUGUUUACAUAAUAUUCAUUUUGGUUCAAGUGUCCACAAUUUAGAAAUAUGUCAUUGUAAAGACAACCUUUUCCCGCCAUUUUUGCAUUUUUAGCGUAAAACAGCUUGUUUUCAAGCAGUUUUUCCUUCCGAAAACAUAGAGCGCAUUCUUGAACAAAUAAAAUAUUUUAAUCAGAGAUGUAUCUAGCCAAGACUAAUAAGUGACCAAAAAAUUUUCUGACGUCAUAUACUGCCAGUGAGUGCAAAUAAAUUAAAUAAAUAGAUGAAAAAUAUAUUUUAUAUCAACUCUUUUAAAAAAUUAGUUAACAUUUUAUUGUACCCGAAACACUUAAAAAAUGGCGAAUUAUGGGGGCAAAAUUUAACUCUUAUCAUAUAUAGUUCUUUCAGUAUCUUCAUGAAGUUAAGGCCCUCAUAUCUCUAUGUAUUGUGUUAAGAAAUUUAUUUUAAUAUCAUUUAAAAUUGCUACCAGUUUUCACAAUGUAAAGAAAUGAUUUUCAUUCAAUGGCAAUGUGUAGUAUUUCCAAUUAUAAACUAAAAAAAAUUG